AUGCGAAAUGAACAAGGUGGAAUACUCGAGUCACCACGCAAGGAACUAUCGCACGAGGACAGCCAUUACACUACUGGUGACAUAGGGCCGGAUGCCUUGAAUGAAGGAGUGGAUUUGGAAAGCUCAAAGUAUCCUUCGGGGUUGAAAUUAGCUCUCGUCUUUUUCGCUCUGUGCUUGACUGUAUUCUUGGUGGCCCUGGACCAAACGAUUAUUGCUACUGCAAUCCCAACUAUUACCUCCCAGUUCCACAGCGUCGAAGACAUCGGAUGGUAUGGUAGCGCAUUUCUCCUCACGAACUGCAGCUUCCAGCUCUUUUUCGGCAAGCUAUAUACUUUACUGUCACUCAAAUGGACCUUUGUCGGCGCCGUACUGGUUUUCGAGGUAGGCUCCGCCAUAUGUGGCGGGAGCCCUAACUCCGUCGCUCUCAUCAUAGGGCGAGCCAUUGCGGGAAUUGGAGGCGCUGGUAUUUUCUCAGGCGCUUUGAUUAUCAUCGCCAGAUCAGUGCCUCUUUCGAAGAGGCCAGCCUUCACUGGAAUAAUCGGCGCAGUGUGGGGUAUAGCAAGUGUUAUUGGACCUUUAUUAGGGGGAGCUUUUACAACUCAUGUCUCUUGGCGUUGGUGCUUCUACAUUAAUCUGCCAAUUGGUGCUAUAGCCAUACCUGUCAUUCUUCUUUUCCUUUCCCCGCCAAAGUCAGAAAACAGGCCGAAGCCGGAAGGCUGGGCUACCUUGAGCCAAUUUGAUCCUAUUGGGACGAUCCUUUUCGUUGCAAGCAUCAUUUGCCUUUUGAUUUCACUCCAGUGGGGAGGGACCAAAUACCCCUGGAGUGACGGCCGCAUAAUUGCGCUGCUGACGGUAUUCGGGGCGCUGAUUACCCUCUGGAUAGUAGAGCAAUGGCGAGGUGGUGAAAAUGCCACAGUACCCCUUCGUAUUCUGCGGCAGCGCACAGUUGCCUGCUCGACGUUCUAUAUUUUCUUUGCGAGUGCGUCGUUUGUGUUGUUGAUUUACUAUUUGCCUAUUUGGUUUCAGGCAAUCAAAGGCGAUUCUGCCGACCAGUCCGGAAUCCAUAACCUCCCCACUGUUCUGAGUGUCGUGAUUUUCGCAAUCGCGAGUGGCCUGGGCGUCUCAGUCUUGGGAUACUACACCCCAUUCAUGAUCACAGGUUCGAUCAUAAUGGCAGUUGGUGCCGGUCUAUUUCUCGAAUUUAAAGUCGAAACUCCGAUGUCGAUGUGGUUUGGUUUCCAAGUUAUUUUCGGCGCAGGUGCAGGUAUUGGAAUUGAGCUUGCCAACAUUGCUGUGCAGACAGUCCUUUCCGAGAAGGAUGUCUCUAUCGGGACAUCUUUGGUGGUUUUUGCUCGCUCUCUUGGCGGUGCCAUUUUCGUCUCUGUAGGCCAAAACAUUUUCAGCAACCACGUUGUCGCUGGAAUGCGUGCCCAUGUUCCUGAGAUAGACCCAUCUGUUGUCCUUCAGUCUGGAGCAACCGAUCUUCAGCGUACAGUGAUGCAAGCUGUCUCGGGCCAGGCCGACGACGUUGUUACUCGGGUUUUGGAGAUCUACAACAAGGCAAUCAUCCAGACCUUUGUAGUCGCAUUGGCCUUGGCGUGUGUAUCUAUUGUUGGCGCUGUGGGGGUCGAAUGGCUCUCCGUGAAGAGCACCCCCAAAGACCUGGAGUCGAAGGAAGAUCACGGAGAAAAGUAA